GGACUGCGUGUGGCACACCUUGCACAGGCCACAACACGAGCACAGAUUAUUGAUGUUAGCUGCAGCUGGGUGUGCGUCUAACAAGAAGGAUUCCCCAACAUGAAACCAGUACUGCUGGUGCUUGCACUCGCCCUGCUGUGUUCGUCUUACCUUUUGCUGUAUCUGUUUCUGGCUCCGAAAAACAUUCUUCCCAGCUUGCAAUCCAUGGAACACGUCAGUGUCAGAAUGCUGGGACUGGAUCGUGUUAGUCCUUUGCCUGCCAGCUCGGCUCCCAAAGAGUGGAGUCGAGGACACGAAGUUCUCCAAGCUUCUGAAAUAAACCUUGAUGUGGUGUUCCAGAAAGAUCCACCAGAACGAGAAGAUCAGGAUGAGAAAGACACAAGGAACAGCACUGAUCCCUCUGAAAUAGGCGCCAUGAAAGGCGUUGGAACAACAGAGCACCAACGAUGGAAGAGAAAGGAGAGACAAACUCGUUUGUUUACUCACCCGCCUUACGGCGUCCCCCACACAGUCAUCAAUCCCAACGCAUCUAACGACACCCUGCAUAUGAGUGCAGGUGACAUUUCAGAUGUUCUCUAUUCAUCUAUGUGCCCGAAUUAUACCACUCGACCAGAAAAAAUUAUCGUUUUCGAAGACAUAUUAUUAAUCGUUACUAUCAACUACUAUUUCCUCUAUGUAACUAUUCCGUUCGUCGAACUUCUUUAUCGGAGACACUUCCCGACCAUCUUGUACUGCGGGCCAUCUCCAAGGGACCUGGAGAACUUUGUCAUUGAGGAGAACUAUACGUUUCCUAUCCUCUACAUGGAAGGGUUGAGGGAUGGCUGGUUCACCAUGUACGAAUGCCUCGAGAACGCUGCCAAGACGUACACUAAUUUCUCUGGGUACCUAUACAUCGGCGACGACACCCUGCUACAUCUGCCAAACCUGGCCACGCUGCCAAAAGACACUCUGUGGAUGUCGGAGAUUUUCUACUUCAAAAAGCCGAUGAACACUACCUCGUUGAACAAGCAAUGGAUAUGGUGGGCCGACAUCCAUGGCAACAACGCCUUCCUCGGGGUCCUCAACGAGCUGAUGUUCCGCGCCUUUCGUCAGAAGGACAGGUGGGCUUUGACGUUCUUGGAAAACUACUAUUCUCACGUGCGCUCUAGCACCAGUGUGCACAUCUGCACGGUUGACAUGUUGUAUGUGCCUCACCGCCUCGUGCCAAACUUCCUGGCUGUGGUGCCUCUCAUGAAGAAGCACCAUUUGACCUCUGGAGAUCGCCAUGCCCAUGUUCGCCUUGGGUCUGGACUGGGACAAAGACGUGACUUUAAUGAAGGUGGCCGACCUGUGGGGGUCACCGCGGGGUGAACCUUGGAAACACUUUAAAGACGAGAUUAUUUACUUGCAUCCGUUCAAAUAUGGAGAUCAUUUUCAGUCAGAAGAGGGUUAUGACUUUAUAUGUGGAAAGUACCUUCAUCAACUGUAUUAGUAUGUGUACGUGCACGUGUGUGUCUGAACAUUGUACUUAAAUGCAAAGGGAGGCAUCAAUGAAAAGCACAGAGUGGAUCUUGAAGAGUACAAUCAUCCACUCUUGUUAACUGACUCGCAUUCUUUGUGUUCGCAUAAAAACAUCCAUUCCUCCGUUUACUUUCUCAAACAACAACACCAACAACAACACACGCAAGCAAGCACACACAACACAGAAGGGUGAGCGCAGAGGCGGGAGGCUGCACACCAUUAGUUAUGUUGUUUUUUGUUUGUUGUUGCUGUUGUU